UUGUUUAGGCUCUCUCAACAACUUUCCGGACCUGGCAAUUCCCCAGCAGCCGCGGUUGCUGCAGCAGCAGCGGCAGCUGCAGCUGCCGUCGCGCGCGUUGUAGCGCCUAAUAGACAGUGUUCUAGUCAACCGUCCCCUUUGUCCGUCGUAUCCACCUGUUCUCAAGCGCCUACUCUUCUUACUAACCAAUCUAGUCUUCUGCAUAAUUCGACAGAAUCUAGGCCAUCAAGUGUCCAGUCACCGAAAACGAUCACUCCUCCGAUUCCGUCUAUCUCUCAGAUACCCGCCUGCUCCACUUGUAUUAUACCUCCGGUCAUCUCGAGCUUAUCAGGGGAUCUAGAUUCCUCCCUUGUUAUUUCACCUUUCUUGGCCUCCGGUGCCAGUUCUGGACCAAGUGGCAGUAUUGGUGUGAUUGGUGGGUGCUCUUCUCGAGCUCAGACACCUAACUUGUCCGCCCAUCGACCUUCUCCUUUGCUCGGGUUAAGUGUCAAUGCUAACUCUGCGAAUUCAGCUUCAGCUGUGGCAACAGCGACUGCCACCUUAGUCGCUUCCAGCGGUUCCGGGGUUUCAAGUACUGAUGGACCCAGGACUGAGAUCGCAUCUACUUGCCGUUUGCCCGUGUCCCUCUCUGACACCUGCGGGGGUUUUGUUGGUGAUAACGAUGCAACCGCUUCCUUGAAACCAACUUCUGGCAAUAGCAAUAAUCAACUCUCCAAAGUGUCUAUCAGCUCUGAGCCCGCUUGUACAGCUCCGCAAAACUUGGGACCCUAUCCUACGCAAUGGGACCUUUUCUUUCCAGCUUAUCCGCUAGUGUGGCAGGGAAGAUUGAGCCUUAAGAACUCAGAAGCCCGAGUCGCGCUGCAUUAUGUACAAGGCAAUCACGAAUUGCUACGCUCUUGCAUGGCUCUUCUGGCCGCGGGCGGAGGUGGUAGCCCACAGGCUUCGCUUGUACAGACCGGAGGACCUCUCCGUAUUGUGCAGCGAAUGCGCCUUGAACCUGCUCAACUUGAGGGUGUUCAGAGAAAGUUGGCUCAAGCUGGUGCCAGCUGUGCUUGCCUCGCGUUGGCUGCCGGAGAAGCCGACGAGGAGAAAUCGGAGCCUGGGGGCAGCGGAGCUGCAGAGUUGUUCGCUCGAGAUGGUAUAGAGACUGACGAUUCGGGCUCAUCCAGCAGAUCCUGUCCUGUAGGACAAAGGAGGCUCUCUGAGAGCGCCGAUCUUUUACGGCAAGCGCAAAUCCUGACGGAUGGCUUUAUCCGGUAUAUGCAAGAUAAGAUGGCUGCUGGCAUCAUCAACGUCAGCCAUCCUGGAUUUCCGCUUCAGUAUCGCACCUCUGAUAGGGCCUUUUCAUAUCGUUUUGACGACAAUCCAAUCUGCAUUAUCGGCAGUGCCGUCAAAGUCGUUCAGAUGAUAAAUUCUCUCGACCCUCAUGAACAAUUUUCGGUUGUAGCAUUUAUCUCCCGCCCUAUCAUGGAACAAUUCCUUUCUCGUGGUACCUCAUUCUCGUCUAAGAAGAAUGUAUCCGACGCAGUCAUCCGUGCUGUGUCGCCCGCCUUGACUCAUAAUUGGCCGUGCCCUCUAUUCCAUUUCCCACGUUUGCAGGGCUUGCGAUAUCACCAGCCUCGAGAGGCUAUUUUCACUUCAGAGGCUGAUUUGGCUGUGUCCUCUGCCCGUGCCCUGCUCACUCAUUCGUGA